GAAGUCAAGUGGCACUUUCACAGCACUGACAAACUGACAUUUAGAGAUGCCUUCACUGGUUUUGUGACAGCGGACAGCGCCGGGUCUGAUGGGGGCGUGAAGUUUACCGGCUGCCGGCUGUAACCCGGAGAAGCAACAGGAGGUUGAGGUGGACGAACAUGGCGGACAGAUGCAGGCUUCCAGCUGCCAAGUAAACGUUGGGCAAAGCGAAACUGAAGACGAAGGACUGCUGCCGGGUGACUCGUCACGUAUUUCAGCGUUACAUGGAUAGCUGGGUCCCAACAGGACUGUAAAAAGCCCUCCGCUAAAGCCGUAUGGCGUCCACCCAAGCCCGGAUAGGCCAGCAGGCCUUGGUGGUGCUGGAUGUGGCUCUGCGAGUUCCAUGUAUUUUUAUUAUCGACGCCAUUUUUAACUCUUACUACGACCCUGGCUCGGGCUGGGCCGGGGCGAUGGGGAAGGUGUUUGUCAGAGUCAUGGGUGUCCUCAUCUCCACUGUGGUGCUGCUGCUUUCUCAGAAAGCCUUGUUUAAGUUCUACACUCUAUUCUUUGCUGUCCUCCUUGGCAUGGCAGCAGUCCUCAUAAACUACUACGCCACCUCCCACAUGGACUUCUACAACGCCUACUACAAAGCAGCGUUGGGCUUCAGGUUGCUGCCUAGAAACGGGCCGACGCUGUGGCUGGGCAUGGCCGCCGUCCAGCUCGUCUUUGGGAUUGGCUAUGUGUUCUUGCUUAACCUCCAGUCGGUGUUUGCUGCGCUGGUGGUCCUGGACAUCAUGAUUCCUCUGUGGGGGCUGAUGAUUGAACUUCCUGCAGAUGUCAGGCAUCUGGUGGCAAUGUUCUCGGGCCUGGUGCUGGCUCUCAGCACAGCCGUUUGCCUCGCCACGAGGCUCAAAUGGUUCUACUAUUCAUGCCGGUACGUCUACCUGCUCGUACGGCACAUGUACAGGAUCUACGGACUCCAGCUGCUGCUGGAAGACACGUGGAAGAGGAUCAGGUUCCCUGAUGUGCUUCGAGUGUUCUGGCUGACCCGGGUAACAGCCCAGGCACUGAUACUGGUUUACGUGGUGCAGGCGGUGGGGAGAGAGAGCGGAGAUGCCACAGGUGGAGCUGCAGAUGGGAGCUCUGAUGCACAGGGUUACCUGCUGAGCUGGGAUGUGUUCUGGGAUCUCACGAGUAACCUGAUCAUCUCCGGCUGCGACUCCACGCUCACUGUGCUGGGGAUGAGUGCUGUUAUCUCCUCUGUUGCACAUUACCUGGGUCUCAGCAUCCUGGCUUUCAUAGGUUCGACUGAGGAGGAGGACGACAAGCGGUUGGGCUUCAAGGCUCCUGUCCUGUUUUUCAUCCUGGCUCUUCAGACUGGCCUCAGCAGCCUGGAACCUGAGGAACGUCUGGUCCGCCUAAGCCGGUACAUGUGCCUUCUGCUGACCGCCAUCCUGCACUUCAUUCACGGCAUGACUGACCCCGUCCUCAUGUCUCUCAGCGCUUCCCAUGUCUCCUCUUUUCGGCGGCAUUUCCCCGUCCUGCUGGUGUCCCUGGCGCUCUUUGUACUCCCUGCGGUGCUCAGCUACGCCCUCUGGCAUCACUACGUCCUCAACACCUGGCUCUUUGCCGUCACCGCCUUCUGUGUUGAGCUCUGCCUCAAGGUGGUUGUGUCUUUGACCGUCUACGGCCUCUUCAUGGCUGACGGAUUCUCCAAUGUCCUGUGGGAGAAGCUGGAUGACUACGUCUACUACGUGCGCUCCACGGGCAACAUCAUCGAGUUCCUGUUCGGCGUCAUCAUGUUCGGAAAUGGCGUCUACACCAUGAUGUUCGAGGCGGGCAGCAAGAUCCGCGCCUGCACGAUGUGCCUGCACGCUUACUUUAACAUGUACCUGCAGGCCAAGAACGGCUGGAAAACGUUCAUCAACCGCCGCACUGCCGUCAAGAAGAUCAACUCCCUGCCGGAGGUGCGCGGUGACCAGCUGAGGAACAUUGAGGACUUUGAUUUCAACCAUGGCACAAAACAAAUUCAUUGACAUCGGGGUGAAUCUGACAGAUCCCAUGUUCAGAGGACUCUACAGAGGGAAGCAGAAACAUGACGUCGAGCUACUGCUUCACUCUUAUUUUCGAUCCCCACAGAGAGGCUCAUGAUAGAAACAGACGCCCCGUGGUGUGGUGUGAAGAACACUCAUGCCGGGUCCAAAUGUGUUAAAACUACAUUUCCCACAAAGAAGAAGUGGGAGGCAGGACACUGCCUGAAGGACCGGAAUGAGCCCUGUCAUAUCAUACAAGUCCUGGAGGUGAUGGCAGCAGCGAGGGAGGAGGAUCCACUGGAGCUGGGCAACACAAUCUAUAACAACACUGUCAAAGUCUUCUUCAGCUCAAGCUGAUAAUAAAUGACAUCAUCAGACUCACCGAUGUGUCAUUAAUAUUCUUUUAUGAAUCUGUUUGUGCGCCUCAGGACAAACCACUUAUACUGUUAUAUUAUUUGUGUUUACAGUCCUCUGUUAGUGCACAAUAAACAUAUUUUUUUCAUAAGGAA